AUGGCCAAGUGGCUCCGGGAGUACCUGGGCCGGGGGGCCCGGCGCUCUCCCCCCCGCCCGCCCCAGCCCGACUACAGCGGCGGCGAGCGCCGCCCCACCGGCACCGGCAGCGGGGCCCCCCCCGCCGCUCCCCCCGGCGCUGCCCUCCGCGGCCCCGCUGCCUCCCCUCGGCACCGGCUGGUGCGGGUGGGGGGCGCGGGGCCGGGCCGGCUGGAGCAGGGCCCCGGCGAGAGCGAGUACUCGGAGCCCUUCGAGGGGGAGCAGGACCCAGCGCCCGAGGGGGGCUGCGAGGAGCCCGGCGAGGCCACAGGGUGCCCGCGGCAGGGCGAGGGACGGCGGGCGAGGCCGCGGAGGGGACCCCAACUCUACGACACCCCCUACGAGGAGUGGGAGACGGCCGGGGAGGGCCCGGGGGUGCCCCCCGCCCGGGAGAGCCGCCUGCCCCGCGACGACGAGCGCCCGGCCGACGAGUACGACCAGCCCUGGGAGUGGAAGAAGGAUCACAUCUCGCGGGCGUUCGCAGUGCAGUUUGAGAGCCCCGAGCGUUCCCCCAGCCUGUCCCGGCAGCUGCCGCAGCCCCCCCGGCCCCCCGCGGGUGCCAGGCCGGGCUGUCCCCCCAGCCCCAGGCACGUGGACACCUCGCUGCCUCUGGAGAAGCAGGCGUGGUACCACGGCCCCAUCGGGCGGGCGGGCGCCGAGACGCUGCUGGCGCUGUGCCGCGAGGGCAGCUUCCUGGUGCGGGACUGCGAGACCAGCCCUGACGACUACUCGCUCUCGCUCCGGAGCAGCCACGGCUUCGUGCACGUGAAGCUCACGCGGACGCGGGAGCAGCAUUUCGUGCUCGGCCGCGCCGGAGCCGCCUUCCCCUCGGUGCCCGAGGCCGUGCGGCACUACACGGCGCGGGCGCUGCCCGUCCGGGGCGCCCGCCACCUCUCCCUGCUCUACCCUGUGGCUGCACAGCCCCUGUGA